GCAGCAAGGUAUGUUUUAAUUGUUAAUUUUUGUACAGAAAUUCUUCGUGUAUUAACUCUGUUUAGAUUUAAUUUCUUCUCUUUACCACUACGAACGCUACAAUCUCUGAUAGCUCCUCUAGACCACUUCAAAAGCUAUUCUGAUUGGUUGCGACGUUUUGUAACCGGAACUCUCAACAAAAGUAAGAAUGAGAAGGUGACUUUGUUGAGUUAAUCAGUUGAACUGUGUGAUAAGAAGUAGACGUGUUGAACAUACGCCAAUUGUCGAUCGGAAUUUUCCCUUCCAAAGAAGCAUCACCGCAUCACUACUGCAUAUUGACUGCUAUCAAAUGGAGACAACCACUGCUAAACAGUAUCACAUUGACAACAGGAAAGAAUGCUUGUUGCAUUAUAAUAACAUAUCUUACACAAUAGGUACAUAUUGUGAAGCUGCUUGGGAUAAGUUAUACUGUUGGCCCCCUGUUCCAGCGGGAGAAGUUGUAACAAGAUCAUGCAGAAGCAUAUUUACAAUACCAGAAAAUAUCUGGAUAGAGAAUAAAGAUCCAGUUGCUUAUAGAAUAUGCAACUAUACAGGUCAGUGGCAUUGGGGAAACUGGACAAAUUACAGCGAGUGUUUAACUUUGUUUACAAACAAAGAGCCCAAGGGAAGAUUAUCAGUUAGCUACAUUCUAUUCAUCGGAUCUCUUCUCUCAUUGAUAUUGCUAUCGAUCACGUUAUUUAUUUUCUCGUAUUUCAGAUGUCUACAAUGCUCCAGGCUUCGAGUUCACAGAAAUUUGGUUGUUGCUCUCAUGAUUCAUUCAUUUCUACUUAUGAUAAUUCCAUUGCCAAUUUUAUUCGAAAAUUCUGUUCCUACUUAUCAUGAUUUUGAUUGGUUUUGUAAGACGUUACUGACGUUAAAAAUGUAUGCUGCAACUGCAAGCGUUAACUGGAUGUUUGUUGAAGGAUUGUUACUUUACAGCAGCAUUUCUGUCUUCGUUUUUCAGCAAGAUCCACCAUUUAAAUUAUAUUAUUUUAUAGGAUGGGGUGCACCAGGGAUGUUUGUUAUCACGUGGGCUAUCUGUAUGAAUUUUUAUCUAAACACUCCGUGUUGGAGAGGAUAUGGAAAAUUACCUUUUAUAUGGAUUGUUACCGGUCCUAUGAUUACAGCUUUAGUGGUGAACACAAUCUUCCUAUUUACUAUAGUUCGCAUUUUGAUCACUAAAAUACGUGCUACUGUAUCUAUAGAAACAAAACAGGUCAGGAAAGCAGUUAAAGCUACUGUUUUGUUGUUUCCUUUGCUGGGGAUAACCCACUUGCUCUUCUGUAUAAAUCCACAAGACGAUGGAUAUUUAGAACAAGCUUACAUGAUUACAAAUGCCCUUUUACAGUCUUGUCAGGGUAUAUUUGUUGCAGUGCUUUAUUGUUUUCUUAACUCUGAGGUACAAACAGCUCUUAAACAAACUUACAUCCAAGCUCUAUUGAGACGUCAUCCCAACAUCCGUUGUCAAGUAGCACCGCAAGGAUCUACAACUCACGUGUCAAACGUAAUGGAUUCUUAUACCGUAAACGGUACAAAACCUAUUAAACAAUCUCCAUACAGACAACCUGGAAGUAACAAUUUAAGAUACUCUAAUGACAGUAAUUAUCUAGAACAGAAGAAUGGAAAAUCAUCAUCUUACCCUCUAUUGGACACGUUUCAAAUUUCAAACUCUCAAAAUUGAUUCUUUGCUUAUCAAUUUUCUUUCUCUUUUAUAUAUAUAAUAUAAUAAGAGGUAUCGAGACAGAAUUUAAACUUUUAUUUUCUCUUAACACGAAAGAUUGUAAUUACAAUUAAAGUUAAAUAACAUUACAUAUCUAAAAGAAAUUACACGAAAUUAUCUGUAUAAAUCAGUACAAAUUAUGAUAAUUUUUACAUGAAAAUACGUUCUUAUUAUUUACAUUCAUCACCGUAUAUUACACUUAAAAAUAUUGAUUAAAUUGUAUAGAUUCGAAGAUGUUUUAGAAUAAUAAAUGAAUGUAAUUAAACGAAUUAUCUUUUUAAGUUAUGGAUAUUAAUUGUAAACCAAGUGCCAUGUUACAUACGUCAUAAAUAAAUAAAUAUAUUUUAAGUACUACGAA